AUUUGUAUAUUUUUUGUUGACAAUUUUUUGUAAGAAUCUAAACAAUUUGUGCAUGCAUCAAAACUGAAUGUUGGGCUUAAUUUUGCUUUGCAAAAGCGGCGGCUGCAUUUCGUGUGCUUAAUUUCGAUCAGCUCGGAGGAAUUUUGGUUUUCUAUUUACACGCGAUACAAAAAUUAUUAAGCGAUUAAGUUGAAAAUGAAAUUGGAUAACUUUCGGCUGAUCGUUGAAGUUAAAAAGCGUCGUGCUCUGUGGGAUUCAACAAUGCAGCUGGUCGAUCGCAAAGAUAUCAGCCUCAUCCAAUGGCAGGAAGUGGCCAACAUUAUGAAUCUGGACGUGCUGGUGUGCAAGAAACGCUUUAAGGGAUUACGGGACAGCUAUCGCUGCGAGAUACGCAAAAUACAGAAACGCCGCACUGAGAACUCACAUUGGCUGUACUUUCGCUCUUUAGAGUUUAUGCGUAACAUUUUCGAUCCGGAUAAUUUGGUGCCGUUUAAGCCGCAACCCUUUGACAUCGAUCUGAUCGGUGGCGAGCAGGAGCAAAAUAAUCUCGAUAGCUUUAUCAUCGAUGUGGAUAAUGAUAAUUCGUUUGAUUUUGAGAUAAUGGGUGAUAUAUUCAAACGAGAACCCUUAGAGCCACAUGGCAACGAUUCCGGCUCGGAAUUGUGUGUAAUUAACGGUCAUCAUUUCGAUCAGUCAACGCCAAUAAACAGAUCGGAUGUGGAAACAUCACCCAUAUUGCUAUCACCGAUACUGCCUAAAGAUCCGCCGGCGAAGAGGGCGCGUCGCCGCCAAACUUCUUCCUCAACGGAUGGAACACAAUACCAAAAUGGUCGCAGUCGUGCGAAAAGCCUUAAAGAGUCGCCAUUGCCUGCCUCCGAAUCAGAUAUCGCUGCUGAUCCGGAUCGUAGUUUUCUCGUCAGCCUGCUGCCACAUGUGAAGAUGUUAACGCCGAUGAAUAACAUGAAGUUUCGCAUGGAAGUCACACGAUUACUAAUGGAUCUCAAUCAGCCGGAGAAGCAACAGAUUGCACCGGCAGCGAUAGCGAUGCCAAGACUAAUCCCUGCCCCAGCACCAAACCAUAGUCAUAGCCGUGAUCAGGAGACGGAUUCCACCAGAUAUGGGCUGUCAAGCACGUUACAAGCGGCGAAUACAUUUUUAGCGCACAGUUCUAUCAUCGAGUGCGAUGUUAAAAUAGAAAACGAGCCUCUGUUCUAGGAACCGAUCAAGAAUUUAGCUGUUUAUAUGUAUAUUUAUAUAAGUGCUACAUCCAAAUUCCAAUUUCUAUUCAACUCAAACGUUGAAAAGGCCCCCUCCCACCCAAAAUCCUCCCUUAUAUGUACAUUCUUACAUUCUUUCUUACAAUCAUUUCGAAUUAUUCUUUUACAUUCAUUGCUCGACUGUAUUUGAAUAAAAGAGUUUUAUAUUU